UGACCCGGAUAAGGCGGGAGCUGAAGCCUCACCUCCCGCAACGGCAAACGAUGAUUGGCCAAGAGCUGUAGCCGGUGCAGCUGGAGGAUUGGUUGUUGAAGGAGACGGGCGGGGGAGAGAUGAGGAGCGUGUGUGGGAAUGAACUGCCGGGACUUGGCGGCUGCUGAGGUGACUGAGAAAGGAGUAUUACCGGCAGGGCGAGGCGUGACUAUGGAACAUUUGCAUUCCAUCAAACUGAGGUGGUUAGCUAACAAGAUUGUGGAAACCCUGCAUUGUUCCAGAUGAUUUACUGGAUUAAGCACCUACUUAGAGUGAUAUUUGAGCAAGCAGCAUUAACUAUGGAAUCGUUGCUUUGGUCUAGUAAGCCUUAUGGUCGCGAUAGAAGUAUUGUAAGGAAAAUUGGCACCAACCUCUCGCUGAUACAAUGUCCAAGAGUUCAGUUUCAGCUUCCAUCUCAGUCUGCAGAAGGCAGUCAUUCUAACCCACUGAGAGAUGAUGGAGUGGUCUCCCUUGCAGAUGUGGGGUGGGUUGCUGAAGAAGAAAGUGAAGUCUUUACACGGCUCAGAUCAGACGUUUGGUCAAAAUCCCAAACAUAUUCUAGAGGUGAAGGCUGCUCAGGAAGAGAUCCAAAUAUUCAAGUACCUUUGCCAAAGCCAUUGCAAGAAAAAGAAGACUCCAAGAUUGCUGUGGCCACAAAUGAUGAAGCUCUGCAGAAAAUCAGUGUGCUAGAAAAUGAACUUGCCAGUUUAAGAGCGCAAAUAGCCAAAAUCGUAAGCUUACAAGAACAGCAGAAUAUGACAGCAGCUGGAGUAAGUUCUGCAGCAUCAAUUCCUGUCCUAGCAGGAGUGCCAGCACCGCCCCCGCCACCCCCACCCCUUCCACCUCCACCACCUCUCCAGCAGAGCACUUCUGCCAUUGAUCUUAUUAAGGAGCGCAAAGGAAAAAGAGUAAACUCCGGACGGACUUUUAUAGAUGAUGAUUCGAAGAAGCCUGAAAUACCAAACAUGCUAGAUAUUCUCAAAGAUAUGAACAAUGUAAAGCUGCGAUCUGUGAAAAGACCAGAGGAGAGCACCAAACGAAAAGCAGCCGACCCAACAGAUCCAGCCGCACUAAUAGCUGAAGCUCUUAAAAAGAAAUUUGCUUAUCGAUAUCGAAGUGACAGCCCAAGUGAAACUGAGAAACAGGCUCCUGAAUCUGACACAAGGCUGUUUGGGCCACACAUGCUGAAGCCUACAGGAAAAAUGAAGAAUCUAAUUGAAAACUCUUAAGCAGGGGAAAAAAUUACCUCACUACAAAAGGACUUUUUACAACUACUUCUGCUUUUUUGAGAAACAAGUGUUUUGUUUUAAAAAAAAAAAUCCAGGGGGCUGAGUAAUAGGUUUAAGAAUAUAUUGUAUUGUGGUAACACAGCUUUUUAGUACAGAAAUGUCAAUGUGGUAUUAGAGUAUUAAUAGACAAUAUAAGAAUGACUGACACUCUUAAACACCAUGUAUACAAUAAUUAACUUUAAGUUAUUAUAGUUCCAGUGCAAUAACUGGUAUAAUGUAAGGGUAAUUUUUAAUGACUUAUUUUUAGUUUGUUACACAUUAAUUUUGAACUAUGUUCUGCAUUUAGAAAUCUCAUGCUGUGUUUUCAGCUUCUUUAAAUGAAGCACUCAGACUUUACUAAAGCUACUCUACCUCUCAAACACUAACCUUGAAGGAGGCAUGGCUUUAAAAACCUUAUUUAUUCUCCAGCAAUACAAACUUCAAAAUUUUUUAAUUAUCUUUCAAUAAAGCAACUCAUUUUUGCUUCAAAACACAUGUUACAUUGCAGCAUAUUUAUAGGCAAUAAAUUAGCCAAAGUUUGGACUAUAUUUUUUACAGGACUAAACAUUACAACUGCAAUAGAAGUAAUGCUGCAUAUUCUGUGUUAGGAAACCAGAGCAGAAUAUAUAAUUUACCAAUGGAAGGAUAAACAGGGCUUCUUCACCUCAGACCUUAAACUGUGAGGUUACAGAGCCUGGGUUAUAUUUUUCUUAGUUGUUCUCUUAUGAUCAUUCUUGUCGACAUCUGCAGUAUUUGUCCCAGCAACUUGGUACCAAGUCCAGUCAGUUCAGUAGGAGUUUGCACUUUUACAGGGAAUAAACAACUGAAGAUGUAGAGCAUGACCCAUCCUGGCUAGGUUUUUUGGGUGGGGGAACCAACCAACUGAAAAGUUGUAUUUGGAAAAGGGUACGGUGUCGUUCUGUUUUUGUGCUGCAUAAAAUUUCAUUUCUAGAAAUAGAAGGCAAUUAUUUUGUGAAUACUUGUUACUUAGAUUACAAUAGCAAGAUCCGACUUGCAACAGCAGAUACAGUGAGACUUCACCUCCUCCCCCCGUAGCCCAUCAAUGUGCUCCAACCCUCAACAGCACGUUUGAGGGGAGUGAAGUGGAAGAACUGUUUUCAUGUGCAAGUCCACUGACACCCCAUGUGGUCAAACAAUUAUCACUGUUUUUCUAUGAAGAGCUAAUUUAGUGUCCCUGAAAUGUUUGAAAACUUUGAUUUUUAAGUUUUUAAAUUUAGAACUUUGUUUUACAGAUUAUUUUUUAUCUGAUCUGUAGAAUGCUGCAAGAUGCCUUAACGCCAACUGUUGUUUUUCUACGCUCAUGUGCCUUGUACCACCAAUGUAAAAAGUUAAAAUCAGAAAGAUA